CAGCGACUAUAUAACAUGUUAUGUGAUUGUUACAGAGAGUGGAGGCCAAGUGAGUGCACAGCAAGCGUUCCUGUUUUCCUGGAGACUAUCCUGGAGGAGACGAGCGAUGAUCUGCGGUCCGAGUCGUCCUGCUCGGGACCGGCGGGCUGGCCAGACAGCGACUCCGACACAGCCAGUGUCAUCCACGUCUGCAACUUAGGAGUGGGCCCGGAGUGGAGCGGGUCGGAGCGGGACCUGGCCGUGCCGUGUAAACGGAGACGACACAACUCAGACCCCGGAGUACACGAUGACGACGGUGACACUGACGACAGAGACGAGGGAGAGACUGUCACCUCGAGGUCCAGUAGUCUCCUGCAGUUUGAAACCCUGGAACGGCAUUGUGAGGACGUUUUCCGCACUACAGCUACCGCCGAACCUUUCCCGCCCUCUCCCUCCCAUGGUUCCUCCACCUUCAGCUUCGACUCUUUGGAAACCAGCCGCUGGCGCUUCUGCGGUUCUCAGGACAGUCUCGAGGACGACGCCUACAGCGAGACGUCCAGCAGCGACGCGUCCGGCUCUAGUGACGACGCCAUCAACAGGUCCUUCUCCUCAAGAAGCGGCGGUGGAAGUUUCCGGUCAUCGUCCGGUAUCCGCUCUUUCCGCAGUUUCGACAGUCUCGUGCUCUGUCAGAACUCGGAAAAGUCCGAGAACAGUUUCCUCAGUGGUGAGCUGUCACAGAGUCUCAACAACACGUCGCUGACCGGCGAAGAACAGGAACCGGUCCCGACUCCCCGUGGAAUGUACAAGACUGUGGAGUGUCUCACGGAGGUGGCACCUCACGUGGCGUGUAGCCGCACUCCUGUCUCGUUGCCACCCGACGACACGGUUAACAGCAACCGAGAUGAAAGCAAGGACACUCAGGACGUUAUCAAGGGUUCCGAGAGAUCUGCCGAAAACUUAAGUGAAGACAGUGGAUUCGGCGAGCACAUGUCCACAUCUAACCUGACACACGAGCGGGCCGUGGACGAGAGUGCGGGAAGCGGCGGAGACAGCGGCACCGGCAGCAGACGAGGGUGGGACGCGACUUGUGACGCGCGCGCUAAAUAUAACCGCGUCAACUGGCAAAGUGCCCCUGAUCUAGCCGUGCCGCCACAGUGCGAGAGGAGGACCAGUGUACCCAACUUGUACUCCUUCGCGGGCAGCAAGUCGCUCGUCAUCAACUACGUGCAGAGGCAAGAAGAUGAGGAGAUAGCUGUUAUCCCGGAGACCAAGUCGUUCACAGUGAAACGGGACAAGAUGGCGAGCACCCCGGAUCUGUUCUCGACCACCGAGGCGUUCCUGGCCCACGAGAGAAGGAGUGAAUUGAGGCAAAGCACGGGGUCGCUGCCCCGCGGAAAGUACGGCAGUGCGUCACGGCUCAGCACGACCACGGGCUCCUCGCGAGGAAGUCGCGGCAGCAAUAUACAGAUAACUACCAGUUUCGUGAAUCUCGCCAACAGUGGCAGUAACAGCGGAAGUGUUCGAGGCGUACAUUUUUGUCCUGUUGUGUCGGAAGUGAGCUGGCAGGAGACCAGCAGUGGCAGCGACAGUGACAGCAGAGACGAGGACGACUUCCGGACCGGCAGCGAGAGUUCCACGCCGCCCUUCGAGCAGCUGGUGGAGCGCCUCAGGGCUUCGCCCGUGCGCAAGCCGGCUUACCACACCGACAGCAGUGCCGAGCGUAGGCGAGUGAUAGAAGAGCUCCACGCACUGAAGCUAGAGAAGGAGAAGGAGAAGGCCCCGCCCCGGCGUCACGUGGGCCCGGCCUCGGCCCCGUCACCACAGUCGCUGUCAGUGCCUAGCGAGCGGCCGGCCAUGGAGGAGCAGCCCGUCAAGAAGAAACAAGGCCUCGGCGGCUUCUUUCAGCGCUUCUCUUUCCGACGACUGAGUGGCCGCGAUAAGAAAAAAGACAAGAAAAAGAAGACUCUGGUGAACAGUUCGACGUCGACACAGUCACACGCGAAAGUGCGCGACCGCGAUGAGGAAGACUUCAAGAUCAUCCCGCUACAUCCCCCCGGCGCGAGUGCGGUACCACCCCCAACGGCCACCCCCGCAGCCCCCGCCGCCACCCCCCAGACACGCAGGCCCCAGCCCAGUCCCGUCAUGGCCACCCUGACGGCAACCCGCGGGCUGCUCGAGACCGACCUCGACUCCGACAUAGCCCCGGCCAACAAGAAAACGAGGAGUUUGUUAAAUUUAGACAAUGGACGUAACGCGUUGAAACCGUGUCCCGUGCAAAGAGAGGAUUCUAAGGAAAGUGACUCGAGAGCCAAGUCGAUGGAGUUCCUGUUGGACAAGGAGAACCAAGCAGCUAUCCAGCCGCCAGAGAAUGAACUGCAGAAGGUGGGCGGCAGUGAGCGCAUGAUGUCAGAGCACCAGCUGCGAGUGCAGCGGUCACUGCAGAAACUGAAUGUGCCUGAAUGGUACCGCAACUCACAACUGCCUGCUCAAGGUUUCCUGCUGAAGCGCAACAGUGAUGCUGGGAUCAACAACGCAGGCUGGCAGGGACUCAAUAACAAGACCACCUCACUGUCCAGUCUUGGCUCUACACAAUCAGCUGCACCACGCAGUCCUAAUAGUCACGCACUUAGUCCGAGUCCGACGUCACAUGUGUUCUCACGGUGGAGUACGAGUAGACUGAGCAGUGGUGCUACCUCAACUAGCACAUCACCGUGUGGGUCCACUCGCUCCAGCUUCAACUACCGGCAGCCUUAUCUGGGGUGGCGGUCACAGGAGCGGUUGGCACGUCCGCGCACCCCUGCCGAGCGAUUAGCUGCAGAUCUCCUGGCUCACAAGAAACAGGAAAGUGGGCCAGCAGUGAAUGCUCCCAACCUCAAUGAAGUGCGUACUUCAAUAAAGGAGGUGACAUCUGCAAUCGUGCACUAUGUAUCAGGCACUAAGGACUCGACGGACAGACUGUCGCCAGCACUUAACCCUCGCUGGGACCGAGACACUAGUUCAUCCAGGUCAGCGUCUCCACGUGGGAGUACUGGGCGAUUGUGUUGGCUAGAGAGUUCGUUUGUCGGCAGUAGACCAUUGGACGUCCCGGAGACUCCAGCGUCAACCACCACCACGGGCCAUGACCUCUACCUUGACCUCAACAACCACUCGACUAGCACGCAGGCGAACGGGCCUCGAGAAGCAGUCCGCACUAGACCCAGCCCAAGCACUACUACCAUGGAGGACGUCUUGGACUCCCUGCUGGGCCUCCCCCCCGCCUCCCGCUCCCCCUCCCCUUCCAGCCCUUCCCUCCCCACACAGCGCCGGUCCUGCGGGGAUCUACACCAAGAGUCAGCUAGCAGUGGAGGGGAGGGGGCUCCUUUCGAACCAGAAAUGGGGAGGCGCCGUAGUGAAGGAUUUGAUCCAAAGUUCACAUCAGCCCCGAGAGGUCGUAGAGUUUCUUUUGAAGUUGAAGGAAAUGGACUUGUCCGCUGUCGAUAUUCUAAGUGCGGAAAGACAUCCAAUGUUACAGAUGCACGUAGAACAUUUAAAACCUGUCAUAAUUGUGCUCAUGUCUAUUGUUCGAGGGAGUGCCGUAGAGCCCACUGGGAGAAACACCGAAAGACUUGCCUACACUCACGGGUCGGAGCACUGUGCCGCCGCGUACUCUCCACAGUCAAGGAGGACUCGGAAACCUUACACCACAUUUCUCUGUUGGCUCGUAGGGGCUUCUUAUCUCGAGGUAGAGGUGCGGUUAAGAGUUUUUUUUCUAGUCCUGAACUAGCUGAAAGGUUCGUUUCUAAUGGAUUACCAGAUAUGGGAGAACCUACCUAUAUCAGGUGGGCCGAUUUGUUACCUAAUGAAAUGGGACCAGAACUAUAUAAAGAGCUCUUAAGGCUUUGUAAAUCAUACAAUCCUGAUACUAGAUUAGUUUUAUAUGUUGCUGUGUGUGUGGUCAGUGAAGUUCCAACCAGUGGAGCUGUGAAGUGGGAACGUCAGCUGGUAUCCAGAUGUGCCAAACUGAGACUUAGUAAACCUUUAAUUCCACCCAAACAGCCAGCAGCAAAUAUCACCAGAGAUAGUGAAGAUCCCGAAACUCUGAUUCUGACCUCAUUACCAGGAGUCAGCCAAGGUAACCAACGAGCGAGGCAGAUCAGCUUCACCAACAUUCAACGUCAUCUCAGGCAGCGAGGCGUCAGUUUACGGAAACAGUUCCCAGAAGUGUACCAACGCUUGUGUGCUUAUGUGGAAGGGUCCUCUGAGAGGUUCACUCCAGUCACUAUCUAUCCAAAAGACUCCGCUACAGGGAAAAGCUUCAUGUGUAUAAUUAUGCCAGACGCUGAACCAGAAAAACUUGAAUUGUUACCAACUGACAGCACAAGGGUUCAGACUAUCGAUAUUAGCCAAGAGACACAAGUAUCUUAAAUUGUUUUAUAGCUUAAUAUACAGCGGAAAUACUAAUACUUAUGAAUAAUUCUUACUACUAACAAUCAGCUAAUGAUAUUUACUAUUAUUUUAUUUCUGCGUAAAUUGUUAUGCAUUCAUAAAAAGAAUUUUUCAAUUUAUCAUAGCUUUGGUUUACAGUAUCUUUAUCAGCUAAAACAUUUAGAAGAAAACAGUGAACAAAAUUGUAACUUGGAUAUCAGCCAUAAUUCCUUGGUUGAAUUUCUGUCCUAAAAUGGAAUAUCCUGCUUGUAAAACGGUUGAAAUGUCAAUUUGAAUGUUGUUUUUUUAAUGAAAAAAAGAACUGAAACAAAUUAUGUGCCAAAAAUAAACGAUAAAGUUUUUUUAUAACUAGUGACAUACCAAUAUCUGUAUUUUUAUGUUUUAUCCAUAAGUGCAAUGUCACUGUAUACAGGGUGUUCAGAAUUAUUGAUGCAAAUUUCACUGAAUUAUUGUUCUAUUAAUUUUAUUAAUCUGCCUAUAGUGAAUUAUUUUAGUUUAACUAGGAAAUCUCAGUGGCAAACUGCAUUGAUUCCACUAUUAUUUGAAGUAAACUAUUCAUCCUAAUAAUAUUAUAAAUGUGAAAGUGCCUUUCUUUGUUUGUUUUGAUUCACGUAUAAACUAUUCAAC